AAUGAACCCUCUCAGUAAUAUUCACCGCAAGAAAUUGAAGUCCGCACGACAUAUAUUAAUUCACAUUGGUCGCCGUCAUAUUCACCGCACCUGAACCAGCUACUCAUUCAUCAUGGCCCCUGAUCAAUUGUUACCACGCAAAACUCGCUUGGAGACGUCGUAUGCGUUCUCUCGCACAUUCAAUUCCCGUAAUAUAGAGUUUUAUUGGUACCCACUGUGGUGCCAAACACUCUUCGAUCUUGUGGCAGGUGUGCCAAACUUGAUCGUAGCGCCUCAAUUUCCAGUUUGGAUCAUAGAGCAUAAUGACCAAGUCGAAGGCGCAGAUGAUGGUGACGAUCCUGAAGAGGUGGAAGAGUUGGAAAAGCCAGCACAGGGAGAGCACACUGGUGCAGGAGGUAUGCAAGUACUCGAUAACGACGUCGAUGAUGAGGACCAUGAACCUGAGGUUGGGGCGGGGGAUAUCUCUUUCGCAUCGACUAUCCCCGAAAAGGAUGCUAGGAGCGUUCUGGUGGAUUUUACCGUCGUCCGUCUCACAGCCGUGCCUCAACCAGAGGAGAAGUCUCGCUAUGGAGGGUGGCGAAUAACUGCAGCAAAUGCUUGCCUUCUCGUGGAAGUGAAAAGGUUUGCGAGCAGGAGUCUGAAAGAUGAUGAGCUGGAUGAGGACAUUAAGUUCCAUAUCGACGAGGCUAGGGCCGACAUAUUGGUGCAAGCAGGAUGUGUUUUUCUUCAAGAUGAAACCAAGGAUUCUGUCAUGGCCAUCGCUGCUGCUGGCCCAUAUUGGAGUGGUGCCACAAUCCAUCGUGACGACGUCAGGGAUACUAUGGACCAUCUUUCAAACAGUGAUCCGAGCUAUCGGCCCUCUGGCGAACAACUCCUUGACCGGGUGCCGAAGUGGAAUAAAAUUCUUCGCCUGGAUGGAGCAUCCUCCACAGUGGCUUCCGAAGCCCGCUUACGCACCAUUUGCAAGAAGAUGAGGGAAAUGGAGGAUCAAAAAACGAACGCUAAGUAGUGUGGUAUUUUCUCGAGAGCGUUGAUGGGAACUCGGGGCUUUGGAUCGGUGUUUGACUAGAACUUCUCCAUUGUGAAGAUAAUACCAAUUCAUUGCGAACAACCGUUUCGAAAGUAGUCAGAGAAAA